GGGACUUCCUGUCCCGGAUGUUAACAGCUUCCGAGAAAAGCCGGAAGAGAUCGGACCCUGGACAGAAUCCUGAGUUGCCAGCCCCUCCCCUGACCCAUACGGAAAGAGAACUACAAAGACUGUCCUGGUGAAGUCAAAACAUUUAUCCUGGCUUUGUCAGUGUUAAUUAUUUUUGCUUCGAUGAUUUCACGUCUUCUUCAAAACAACCUUAUGAGUGUGGACCCAGUCAGCAGCCAGGCCAUGGAGCUCUCUGAUGUCACCCUCAUUGAGGGUGUGGGUAAUGAGGUGAUGGUGGUAGCAGGCGUGGUGGCGCUGACUCUAGCCCUGGUCCUAGCCUGGCUCUCCACCUAUGUAGCAGACAGUGGUAACAACCAGCUGCUGGGCACCAUUGUGUCAGCAGGUGACGCGUCUGUUCUCCACCUGGGCCAUGUGGACCAGCUGGUAAACCAAGGUACUCCAGAGCCAGCUGAACACCCCCAUCCAUCAGGGGGCAAUGAUGACAAGGCUGAAGAGACCAGUGACAGUGCGGGAGACGCCACUGGAGAACCUGGAGCUAGGGGAGAGAUGGAGCCCAGCUUGGAGCAUCUCCUGGACAUCCAAGGCCUGCCUAAAAGGCAAGCAGGCCUAGGGAGCAGCCGCCCAGAAGCCCCGCUGGGGUUAGAUGAUGGCUCCUGCCUCUCUCCCAGCCCCAGCCUCAUCAAUGUUCGCCUCAAGUUCCUCAAUGACACCGAGGAGCUAGCUGUGGCCAGGCCAGAGGACACUGUGGGUACCCUAAAAAGCAAAUACUUCCCUGGACAAGAGAGCCAGAUGAAGUUGAUCUACCAGGGCCGGCUGCUGCAGGACCCAGCACGCACACUGAGUUCCCUGAACAUUACCAACAACUGUGUGAUCCACUGCCACCGCUCACCCCCAGGGGCAGCAGUUUCUGGCCCCUCAGCCUCCUUGACCCCAACCACUGAGCAAUCUAGCCUUGGUGUCAACGUGGGCAGCCUCAUGGUGCCUGUGUUUGUGGUGCUCUUGGGUGUGGUCUGGUACUUCCGUAUCAAUUACCGCCAGUUCUUCACAGGACCUGCCACUAUCUCCUUGGUUGGAGUCACAGUCUUCUUCAGCAUCCUAGUAUUUGGGAUGUAUGGAAGAUAAGGACAUCGGGAGACAAAGAAAGGCAUGGUCUUCCUCCUUCGUGGCCUCCCUCCUUUCCUGGCCAGAGCUGGGCCCAAGGACCUGGGAGGGAGGGAUAGGAAGGGUAUGGUGGGUACCCUGUCCAUAGGACCCAGGAAGCAGGUGUGUGGCCUCCCUUCAUGUCCAGAGGGUACAGAUAUCUCUGCAAGCACAACUCAGGUAGAAACGAGGAUAUCAUCUUCCCUCUUUUGGAAUCCCAAAGUUCACAGGCCAAGAUCAGUGAGAAGCCUGGGCUCUGGGUCUUCCCUCCUGGCUGUGGCCCAGUAUCUUGCAUGUCUGUUCCCUAACCCCCAGGGUUGCUGCCAGGACAGCUCAGCAUGGCCUUAGCAUACCUCUGUAGGAAGCCUCAAGUACCUUCCACUCCUUAGAUGAGUGUGGACCUUUUGAAACUAAAUUCACAGGGAUGAAGACUGCCAGCCUUCCCUACAGCACCCAGCUGCCACCACCUCCUCCUUGUGCCCCUUGUAGCAGGAAUAGGAUAUUUUGCUUUCUUUUAAAGCACUUUGCUUGCUCUUUUUUUUUUGUUUCUAAAUAGUCCUGUAUAGAGCUCAGUGAGGAAGGGGAGUGGGGCAGAAGGCCAAGCCCCCAGCAUUGAGGCCAGGCCACAGCUGCUGUUAUCCUAGGCCUCUAGACUGCAAGAGUACUGGCCCUAAUCCAGUGCCCUGCCCAGUUCCAAGGAUGAGCUCUGGGUAUAGAUUGCCCUCCCCUAAGCCCUUAGAUGGUCAGUAUGAAUGAAUAAAAAUCCAUUUUGUGGCUAUGGAGCCUUUUUGUGACUGCUCUGCCCUCAGCAACAUGGUAAUGAGAGUGGGUAGGCCGGGCUACCAACAGGAGAUGCAAUUUAUUUACACCAGCAGCCAUGGGGGCAGAGGGGAAUACACAGCGUUUACAAAGUUAGCUACCUGUACAGGAUGGAUUACAUAUGCAAAAAUAAAAAUCUCAAGACCACA